AUGGAUACAAGUAGUCGGGCAAAUUUGCGAGGUGGUUCACGAGGUCGCAGUCUCGAUGCCUCACGCGAUUGUGAUCCUAGUCGUUGUGGCUUGUAUGGUUCUGGUUGUGAUCGUGAUGGUGAUCGUGACCGUGAUCGUGAUCGAGAUAGAGCUCGAAAUCGUGGCGAUUCAUGCGGCCGCUGUUGUGGCGGUUCCUGUGGUCUUGAUUGUGGUAUGUCGUAUGAUUGUGAUCGUGAUGAACGUGGUCCUUGA